AUGGCCGUAACGGGGGAGCAAGACGUGGCCAAGAUGGCCCGUGAGAUCGCGCAGGUGACGCAGCGCGACGGCUGGAAGUCGGACAAGAGCGUCGUGCCGGACAUGCAGCGACUGCUGGGGAAGCUCACGACCGUGAAAGUGGACAAAGAUCUGCUGCAGCGCACGAAGAUCGGUGCGGCCGUGAACAAGCUCAAGAAACACGACGACGAAGUCGUGCGCGGGUACAGCACGAGCCUCACGAAGAAGUGGAAGCACGUGGUGGGGAUCGUCUCGCCGUCUCGACCACAAGAGCGCCCGCGCGUGCCGAGUUCCUCGCCGCCGCAACAACGAGAUGUCGCUGGGCAGCAAGACAGGUUUGAGAGUGCGAGGAAACGGUUGCAAGAAGGCUAUGCAAGUGAGAAAGCCAAGCGAGACUCGAGGACAGUGCGCGUGCUGAGUGGACCGGUGGCAAAAGGCCGGAGAGGCACGACGGUGUCCACAGCCGCAAGUCAAAGCACUGUUGGGAGAGCGCAGCUCGCUCAACGUCGAAUGCACUCGAUUGCAAGCCAUCGAUCGGUGUCAACACCAUCGGUUGCUCGUCGAUCGGCACCACCGGAUGCUCGUAGAAUGUUGCCGACGUCGAGAAAUCAGCUACCGGCGAGACGCCCUGCUCCUUCUCUCAACAACAUGUCCGCAGACGAGAGGCACCGCCAGCGCCAGCUCAAGUACAGAGCGCUGUCUGGACAAGGAGCGUCCGAUCGCGACUACCGAGAACCUGAUCGCACUCGGAGCAGAAGCAGUGGCACAGUGGUUGGUGAAAGAUCAAAACCUGGGUCACGAUUGCCCAGUGCUUCAUCAUCGAUAGGCGGAUUGGCUUCGAAGAGCGCUCCGCAUGCUGUGGAUGCCCGCAAGGCAAUGUUGGACACGAUGUAUCCGCGUGUAUGCGGAGUAGGCGCUUCCAGCAGCAACAACUCGGCGGGCGGCGCUAAGAAGAGUCGGCCCAGUACAGCAGCUAAGAGGAAGGAGGUGAGCUACACUGAGGGACAGCGCGACGUGCUGUCAUGGCUGAAGGGCCUGAGCGUGGACAUGAGCGAGUAUGCUCCAGCAUUUUUCGAGAACGGCUUUGAUUCGGUGAAGCUGCUCAGCACGAUUGAAAAGUCGGACUUGCCAUCACUGGUGCCGAAGAAGGGUCACCACCGCUUGAUCCAGCAGGCGUUGGAUGAGUUGCGCCGCAAGCAUUCUACGUCUGCCGCUUCGCAGCGACGCGAUCGUUUCCAGAAAGAGUCGCGAACGCGUCGUCGUGAUCCGUUUGAGGAAGAAGAUUCGGACGAUAGUUUCGUGGUAAGCGACGACGGUGAGUACCGUCCUGGGCACAUUGCAGCAAUGUUCCGCAAGAACCGAAAGCGGCAGUACUCGAUCGACUCGGACGAUUCAAUCAACAUGGAAGCCUCGUUUGACGAGAUCCAGAAGGAAGAGAAGCGCAGUGCUCUGUAUGGCGAAUACGAGGACUAUCGAGAAGACAUGCGCAAUAAGAAGCUGCUGAAGAAGAAAAAGUGA